AUGCUCCAGCGAAAUGGCACCACCGACGCACCAACUGAACUAUUCGACGCUGCCGAGGAAGAAAAUGCGCUGCUGGAAAAUGUCGAAGAAGGUAGUGAGCGCUCUAGACCAGUGUCUCCUACUGCGCAUCUUGUGGUGCCGCAUCCCAAAUGGUGGUGGAUACAACUUCUCGCAUACAUCGUACUUUUUUGCGCGAGCACGUGGGUUGGACUGCAUUAUGAGCAACCUGGUGAUGUGCGCUACAGGGACUCAAUUCAGUCGGCUGUUGAUCAUCCUCGAAGACAAGGCUACGGAAAGCAAGAGAAAAUACUCAUUGCUGCGUUGUUCUACAACAAUGAACUAGUUAUUCCCUACUGGCACAACUCUCUUAUCAAAGUCAUCCAUUAUCUCGGUCCGGACAAUGUGUUCGUCUCUGUUGUUGAGAGUCACAGUACCGACAGCUCCCCUCAGCUCCUUCAAGCGCUAGAUACAGACCUUGAGCUUUUGGGUGUGUCGCGGCGCAUACUCACAGGAGAUGAGACAAUUUCGAGACCUGACUAUAUGGGCGGGGGCGAACGCAUCGAAUUCUUAGCGGCUACGCGUAACCGUGCACUGGAACCCUUAAUGGCAGGAGGGUAUGAUAGGGUUAUGUUCUCGAAUGACAUAUUUAUCGAGCCUGAGAGCUUGGUGGAGUUAUUGGAGACAAACGGCGGAGACUACGAUGUGGCAUGCGGGCUAGACUUCGGGCAUUUUGGCGCAUUUGAUAUGUGGGUUCUCCGAGAUCGACAGGCAAGGCUAGCCAGUGCAAUCUGGCCAUAUUUCUUCGACGAGGCUGACUAUCAUGCCAUGCAGGAGGAUUCUCCCGCACCCGUCUUCGCCUGCUGGAACGGUAUCACCGUCUUCACUGCAGAUCCUCUUAUUCCGAUAGCCUUGCGCUCUAACCGCACGCUUUCAAAUGAUCCUUUGCCAUACGAAUUGCCCUCAACCCACCCGGCAACACAAGAUGAUUCUAUGCGCGGUCCUAGUCCUGCUCUGACUCCCCCAAUAGAAUUCCGCGUCUCUGCGCCAGAGGAAUGCUUUUCGUCUGAAAGCUUCUUGCUACCGCAUGACCUUAGGCGACAGUUCAAUCUGCAGCGCAUGUAUGUCAACCCAAGGGUCAUUAAUGCGUACCGGUGGAGAUAUUAUGUCUACUUCAAAUGGUUCAUGCGCCAUCCCGUACUCCGGUGGUGGAUCGAAGAAGUGUACAAUGGUGCAUGGAUGGCAAGAGCUGUGUUAGUUGUGGGCGAUGCAACUCAGGUGUACCGAUGGGACGGAGGGGACUGCCAUCCAUGGUUUUGA